GUGAAAAGCAGAAUGUUAAGUCGGUGUAUGAGGUCACAGAAGCAAGGUCUUUAUUUCUCAUAUUGCGGGAACUCUUAUCCAAAGAGAUAUUUAUUUGUUUUGUUUUUUCUACAAUGAUACAGGGCAAGGGACAUCAUAUCCGAAUUGAGCCAGCUGAUCCGCAAUACCGCGAAUUCCGGACAGACUGUCACUGCCGGGCCUGCUACAGCUGCAGCAACAGCAACAAUGGAGCAAGUCAUACCCCCCACCUUGGGCAACUUACAAAUGACCCGACCAGACCUAGUCAGGGCAAAUUUGACCAGGCUAUUUCAGCCCUACCAGGGUUCAAGAAGGCGCCCAAACAAAUUAACACAGCCCUGGCAGCACAAAUUUUUCUGCUGCUCUCGGGUAGAUACCUAUGAAAUCCCUGACCUGGAGGAAAAUAUGUGCCUCCAGGCCAGUGGACUUGGUGCGAGGAAGGUCUUGUUUUGCGAUGUCAAAGGCACAGCACAGCAGUUUCUCCAAACACUGGAGAACACUUUCCCCCCAUUAAAGAACUGCAGGGGAUUUAAAAUUAUGCGUUGCUGCAGGAGCAGACAAUUAAUUGACGUAGUAAUGCCACCAGGUGGUUAUACUGCAGAGUAUAUUAAAAAUCGCAGCACACUGAAGAAGGCUGUUGCCUACAUCGUCCCUCUGCAGAAUGACCUCCCCCUCAAUAUGGCAGUGCAACAGGAAGAAAAUGUGGAGGAGAUUACAGAAGAUUGCCAAAGAUGCAAUAGCAAGAUCCCGCUGUGUCAACUUGAAAGGCACUUACAACAGUGCAACAUCGGUAGCAGCGCCACAAGGGUGACACACUCCAGCGACCAUACGGACAGAGUGGGGAACGUCUUGCACUACGGCAGAUGAGGGUCACGGUGGCUGGUUUGGGGCGGAACAGUAACCCGGAACAUAACAGCUGGUCAAUGAGGAUUUGCCUCAUGCGAACCCAUCAAAAACUGUUCAACUGCCGCCAAGUUCAAAGUUUUCAAGGUUAAAAGGAACCUUGAUGCAGGUGGCUUUCAGCAGUUUAUAAGGGCCAUCUACCCUGAGCUGCGGAACAACGACUUUGAGUUCUGCAAAGUCAACAGGCACAGGGUGGUGGUCCCCCUGACUGAAAGCACGCCAAAAGAGAUCCGUUCAAGCGGAGUGUUGGGACGCUCAGCUUUAUAUGUUCGUCCGUUGUGUGAAAUUGAAACGGACACAGACAGCAGUGAGCCAAUGGACAUGUCACCUGAAAGGCUUUCAGAAAAUGAGCUCCACACAGGAGGAGGAGGAGGAGGAAACACAGUCACCUGAAAGGCUUUCAGAAAAUGAGCUCCACACAGAGGAGGAGGAGGAGGAGGAGGAGGAAACACAGUCACCUGAAAGGCUUUCAGAAAAUGAGCUCCACACAGAGGAGGAGGAGGAGGAGGAGGAGGAGGAGGAAACACAGGAUUUGGCCUCUUUCCCUUCUGCCUCUUCUAGAAGUUCCCCUCCAGUGUCCCCUCAAGUGUCCCCUCCAGUGUCCCCUCAAGUGUCCCCUCCAGUGUCCCCUCCAGUGUCCCCUCAAGUGUCCCUUCAAGUGUCCCCUCAAGUGUCCCCUCAAGUGUCCCAAGAGUUGAGGGAGGUGCUAUGCACACUGGUGGGAAACCUCGACAUUAAAGCACUGCCACCUCCAGCAAACAGAAUUAAUGUCGUGAGGGCUGACAUUCUGGAGAGUGCUUUCAGGGCAUUUAGGAGGAAGGCCUUCAACCCGGAAAGGAAGCUUGAUGUGGUGUUUAUUGACACCUGUGGUCAAGGGGAAGGGUCGGUGGACAACGGGGGACCAACCAGGGAGUUCUUGACCCUGCUCAUGAAGGCCCUAAUGAGCAGCCGUUUUUUUGUUGGACCUGCGUCCUCUAAAAAUCUAGGACUGGACUCCAUAGGACUUAGUAGGGGCACCUACAAGGUCAUUGGAAACAUCAUUUCUGUGAGUGUAGUUCAUGGAGGAGUGGGGCCACACGUGCUUUCAAAGCGACUGCUCUGCCGGCUGACAGGGGAAACGACUCCCCCUGUUGAUUUGAUGGAGGUGGAGGAUGAGGACUUAAGGAACCAGUUCCAGAAGAUAAAACAAGCGGCAACAACGGGAGAAGUCCAAGAAGCUGCGUUGGAGGCAGCGUCCAGCCUGUCACUGUUGGGGUCCCUAUCAAUAAUCCGGACCCUCAGUGACAGGGAUGACAUUAUCUCUUCAGCUUUGAGUUAUUACUUGGAAGGUCGACUGGACGCACCUUUAAAACAGCUUCAGGAGGGCAUGGAAGCUCUGGGAGUGCUGCAGGCACUCAGAGAAAAGCCUGCCUUACGGCUGCUGUUUUUUGGAGGCCCCCCUGCUCCGCUGACAGCGGAGCAAGUGACAAAACUAUUUCAAGUCACAUUCAGUGUGGCAGGGAGCUCUCGGCGUUUGGAGGAGGAGAGAGCAGUUGGCCACUGGAGGGACUGGCCCAUUGACGUAGAGGGUGGAGAUGCAGUGUUGAUCCAGGAUGGACUUGAGCCAGUCCACAUUACACUAGAGGACGUCCUCAUGUUCGCCACUGGGGCGGACAGAAUCCCACCUCUGGGCUUUAGUGUGGUGCCGUCACUGGCUUUUUUGCACGAGCCACUGAACAGCCAGAGGAAGAGGAAGUUUCCAGAGGCCAACACCUGCGCCCUCAUCAUGAGGCUGCCAAUGCAUGCCUCAUAUGAACAAUUCAGUGAUUCAAUGAUAUCUGGGAUUAAGCAGUCCCCACAGUUCAGGACUGCUUAAUCCCAGAUAUUGGAUUGGCUGACAGUUAUUAUUAGUUAUUAGUUAUUAGUUAUUAUUUUCUCCUCCAGUCCUGAUAUACUGUAUGAAUAGUGAUUUCAUGCUGAGACUGUCAAGUUAGUAGAAAGAACCAGCUGUUCACAGGUGACGUUAUCAAGAGCUGUGGAUUUCCAAGAUGGCUGCCAGAGGGCAUGUUACAUCACCUGAGACCUGCACAUAGCACAGGAUGCCCCUACCAGUGUUUUUCUACUGCACAGCCAUAAUAAAUGAGCAGGGAGGCGGGCAGGACACUGCUGACAGAUUAAUAAUGAAUGAGCACAGAUAGACAGACAGAUAGAGAGGGAAAAAGAGAAGGACUACUGGAAUCACACACACACACACACACCUCACAUACACAAGUCUAGUUUCCAUGACUGAUUGAAAUUGCAAUUAGAACCUGCUUCAGACUGCUGCUGGGAACAAAGUACUGUCAGAUACUCCUUCACACACACAUGAAUGGACGUGAACUCAUACUUUCACACACUUGUAUUGAAAUGAUUUGCUAUUAAGCAGCGGUACCCUGGCAUUUAGACAGCAAAUUGCACUGGGUUAAAAAAUAAUGAAAGGGUCAUGGAAGAUUUGAAUAACAGAUUCAUGAGUUUGAGGGCAUAUCAUAUUCAAAAACACAGAACAGCAGUUUAGAAUACCCCGAGAAAGGAUUUUCCAGCUCCAGAAAAAUGAUCACAGUGACAAUAAUAGUGUCCUCUGUCUGGAUGUAAACAGUAGAAUUAGCCCAUUCGCAUUAUAAGAUAUUCUGCAAGGAAUGUGUGCGUCGCCUGGUGACAUUGCAUUAAUUGUUGUUAUUGUUAUUGAUUAAGUGUUUACUGUUAUUAUUGAUAUUGUUUACUGUUAUUAUUGUUUACUGUUAAGGUUGUUCUUAAUAAAUGUGUUUACUGUCAUAAUUACUAAUAGCCUGUCUAACACCAGACCUCAUCUCAAUUUAGAUUGAUUGAGACUUGCACAGCGAAUAAAUUCGCGCAAGGCAGCAUGGGUAUACCUAGGCUAAAUUAUUAAGUGAUUUUUUUUUAAAUAUAAAAACAUCAUAUUAACCAGCACAUCUCAAAAUGAAUACGUACUUUAGAUUCAACACACAUACAAUUUGGCCAGAAAUACAUACUUAUACGUACUUAUCAACGACGACUUGCACUGGCGACGGCGUAGGUGUGGCGACGUACUUAUCAACGACGACUUGCACUGGCGACGGAGUAAGUCAGCCAGUUCAGAUGUUGAUGUCACACGAGAGUCUCCUGCGGUAGGAUUACCGUGGCACUAUCCACCCGCCAUACAAGCCGGUCACGGCUAUUCGCAGCGCUUCCGCGGGCGGUGUGGCCACGGGUCAGAGAGGGGGGGCGAGCGAGAGGUCCGCGGUCGUUUAUAACGUAAUGUUAUAGAUAAUUGUUUUAUGUGUUUUAAUGUGUAGGUAUGUAAAUGUUUUCAAAGACGUUUAUGUUGAAAUAAAAAUACCUACAAGUAGUUACGUUUCCUUGUAUUAAUACAUAUACAUGUAUGUUUCCUUGUAUUAGUUUGCCCUCUUGUGGACAUAAUGCGGAAAAAAAAAAUAUUCGAAUGGUUCGAACCUAUGAGUUAUUUUUAGAAGGAAUAUUCGAACGUCAUUUUUGAGCAAUUUUGACAG